AUGGGUUAUGAGAGAAAUUAUUACAAAACAUCAGAGAGAUUUAAAGGUGCAUGGAAUAUGAAGCAGUCUAUGUCUUCAGUAGAAACCCCAUAUCCAGUAGAAGCACGUAAUUUCAUGCGGGAGAAGUUCAUUGUAGGAAGAUGCAACUGUUCAGAGGACAAGUCGACUGCUGUAGACGACGAUGGACCAUCGGCGCCUGAGUUGCUGGAUGAUAUUUUACAAUUUCUCACCUUACGGCUAAACGCUACAUCAGUUACACGGUACUACGGCAAACUUGGGUUCCGCACAUACGAAGGAGCGUGGACCGGCCUUCUGGGAGCUUUAAUGGAUCACUCUGUGGAUGUGGCCUUAGAACCAGUUACGGCGAUAUCCCCUCGUCACAAAGAUAUGGAUUUCAUUUUUCCUAUAGCUGAUACAAUGUGUAACAUUUACAUUCGUCACCAAGAAACUUCUGCAGUACGAGACAUAUUUCUGGCACCAUUUAGCACAAAACUAAUAGCUUGUGUAGUAUGUGUAGUGCUGGUGGCAGCUAUUGUAGUUGUGAUCAUAAGCCGAAGUACAAAAUCCUCACUGGAAGUGAGACAAAUGAGUUUCAUUGAGGGCAUUAUUUGGUCAACUGGAAUCCUUUGUCAACAAGGUGGUACACGGACACCCCAGAAUCCGGCGGCUAGCAUUGUCCUCGUAGUGUGCCUGUUCUUUGCUCUGGUGACCUACAAUGCUUAUGCAGCAUUUAUAACCUCUGUGCUGUCUGUACGAAUGUCCAGUGUGGGUUCUCUCACUGAUGUUCUUCAAUCUAAUAUGAAAAUUGGAUAUAUACGGAAUGGAGCUGACCAAAUGUAUUUGAUGUCAACUAAAGACGUGCAGCUCAACGCGUUCUACAUCCGCGGGUAUUCUGAAGCGGAAAACCUAGUAUCUUCAGCAGAAGAGGGUCUGGUGAGAGCUGCUAGACAGGACUACGCCUUCUUCGCUGGACAGCGCGUGGCUCGUUCAACUCUCAGCACUUUGCCAUCAGCAGCUGGCAACUGGUACCGCCGACUGCAGUCGGUGAUCGCCUUCGACUGCCGCCGAGACUUACGCAGCGCCGCUGUGCUGUCGCGGCUGGAGGCGGCGCUGGUGCCCGCCAUGCCGCAGUGCACGCCGCCGUCGGGCUUUGCGUCGGCCCGAGCCGCUGACGUCAGGACUGCUCUGUUUGUGAUCUUAGCGGGACUGCUCGCUGCUUUGCUGCUAGAUUAA